AUGGCAGUGGACUUCGAGGAUGAAGAGUCCUUCCCAAUUCCCAGUGGCUCUACAGCUUGCCACCCAGUUGGUGGGUUUCACUCACGUCAUGGCCACAGUGAUGUACACCCAACUCUGUCCGUUAUCUGUACCAACCCAGGAGUUCUUGGGCAUUCAGCAUCCCCAGCUACAGAAUUGCUAUGCCAUCAGAAUUUAGCAAAUGCUACAAAGCCACGCUUGAUUAUUGUCUUAUUGACUGCCUACACUUUAGACGGCAAGGAAAAUUGCUGGACAUUACUGAAAAUAUUUUUAGCGUGUCUUUUAGCCUGCAUAAUUACCACAACAAUAGGGGUGCUGAUACUGAGUUUGAUGAACAGUAUAAAUGUUAGAAAACCAGGUAAUAACAUUCACACUCCAGAAAGCACCACGACUAUCUCAACAACACUCAGAACUGCAAAUACCAUUGAGUCCACAAAGGAUACCACAGUUGUGGCUGAAAGCAAAACAACGACUCCUAAAAAUAGUCCAAAGACAACAACUUCAUCCUUAGCUACAACUGAGUCCACCAAAGCUAUCACAGGGACAACAGAAGGCACCACAGCUACCACAGCCACAACAGAGUGUACCACAGCUACAACUGAAGGUACCACAGCUGCAACAAAAGGCAGCACAGCUACAACUGAAGGCACCACAGCUACAAGUAAAGGUACCACAGCUACCACAGCCACAACAGAAGGCACCACAGCUACCACAGCUACAACAGAAGGUACUACAGCCACAACAGAAAGCACCACAGCUACCACAGCUACAACUGAAGGCAUCACAGCUACAACUGAGAGUACCACAGCUACAACUGAAGGUACUACAGCUACAACCAAAGGCACCACAGCUACAACCAAAGGCACCACAGCUACAACAGAAGGUACCACAGCUACAACAGCUACAAGUGAAGGUACCACAGCUACAACAGAAAGCACCACAGCUACAACAGAAGGCACCACAGCUACCACAGCUACAACUGAAGGUACCACAGCUACCACAGCCACAACAGAAGGCACCACAGCUACCACAGCUACAACUGAAGGUACCACAGCUACCACAGCCACAACAGAAGGUACCACAGCUACAACAGCUACAACUGAAGGUACCACAGCUACCACAGCCACAACAGAAGGCACCACAGCUACCACAGCCACAACAGAAGGCACCACAGCUACCACAGCCACAACAGAAGGUACCACAGCUACAACAGCUACAAGUGAAGGUACCACAGCUACAACAGAAGGCACCACAGCUACAAGUGAAGGUACCACAGCUACCACAGCCACAACAGAAGGCACCACAGCUACCACAGCUACAACAGAAGGUACUACAGCCACAACAGAAAGCACCACAGCUACCACAGCUACAACUGAAGGCAUCACAGCUACAACUGAGAGUACCACAGCUACAACUGAAGGUACUACAGCUACAACCAAAGGCACCACAGCUACAACCAAAGGCACCACAGCUACAACAAAAGGUACCACAGCUACAACAGCUACAAGUGAAGGUACCACAGCUACAACAGAAAGCACCACAGCUACAACAGAAGACACCACAGCUACCACAGCUGCAACUGAAGGUACCACAGCUACCACAGCCACAACAGAAGGCACCACAGCUACCACAGCCACAACAGAAGGUACCACAGCUACAACAGCUACAAGUGAAGGUACCACAGCUACAACAGAAGGCACCACAGCUACAACAGAAGGCACCACAGCUACCACAGCUACAACUGAAGGUACCACAGCUACCACAGCCACAACAGAAAGCACCACAGCUACAACAGAAGGCACCACAGCUACCACAGCUACAACUGAAGGUACCACAGCUACCACAGCCACAACAGCCACAACAGAAGGUACCACAGCCACAAUAGAAGGUACCACAGCUACAACAGAAGGCACCACAGCUACAACAGAAGGCACCACAGCUACCACAGCUACAACUGAAGGUACCACAGCCACAACAGAAAGCACUACAGCUACCACAGCCACAACAGCCACAACAGAAGGUACCACAGCCACAAUAGAAGGUACCACAGCUACAACAGAAGGCACCACAGCUACCACAGCUACACCUGAAGGUACCACAGCCACAACAGAAAGCACUACAGCUACCACAGCUACAACUGAAGGCACCACAGCUACCACAGCUAUAACCGAAGGUACUACAGCCACAACAGCCACAACAGAAGGUACCACAGCUACAACAGAAGGUACCACAGCUACUACAGCUACAACAGAAGGUACCACAGCUACCACAGCUACAACAGAAGGUACCACAGCUACCACAGUUACAACAGAAAGCACCACAGCUACCACAGUUACAACAGAAAGCACCACAGCUAUCACAGCUACAACCAAAGGUACUACAGCCACAACAGCCACAACUGAAGGUACCACAGCUACAACAGAAAGCACCACAGCUACCACAGCUACAACAGAAAGCACCAGAGCUACCACAGCUACAACUGAAGUCACCACAGCUACAACUGAAGGCACCACAGCUACAACAGAAGGUACUACAGCCACAACAGCCACAACAGAAGGUACAACAGCUACAACAGCCACAACAGAAGGUACCACAGCUACAACAGCUACAACCGAAGGCACCACAGCUACAACCGAAGGCACCACAGCUACAACUGAAGGCACCACAGCUAUAACUGAAGGUACCACAGCUACAACUGAAGGCACCACAGCUACAACUGAAGGUACCACAACUACCACAGCCACAACAGAAGUUACUACAGCUACAACAGCUACAACUGAAGGUACCACAGCUACAACAGAAAGCACCACAGCUACCACAGGUACAACAGAAAGCACCAGAGCUACCACAGCUACAACUGAAGGCACUACAGCUACAACUGAAGGCACAACAGCUACCACAGCUACAACAGAAGGUACUACAGCCACAACAGAAGGUACCACAGCUACAACAGCUACAACUGAAGGUACCACAGCUACCACAGCCACAACAGAAGGCACCACAGCUACCACAGCCACAACAGAAGGUACCACAGCUACAACAGCUACAAGUGAAGAUACCACAGCUACAACAGAAGGCACCACAGCUACCACAGCUACAACUGAAGGUACCACAGCUACCACAGCCACAACAGACACAACAGAAGGUACCACAGCCACAAUAGAAGGUACCACAGCUACAACAGAAGGCACCACAGCUACAACAGAAAGCACUACAGCUACCACAGGUACAACAGAAAGCACCAGAGCUACCACAGCUACAACUGAAGGCACCACAGCUACAACUGAAGGCACCACAGCUACAACUGAAGGUACCACAGCUACCACAGCCACAAUAGAAGGCACAACAACUACCACAGCCACAACAGAAGAUACCACAGCUACAACAGCUACAACUGAAGGUACCACAGCUACAACAGAAGGUACCACAGCUACAACAGAAGGCACCACAGCUACCACAGCCACAACAGAAAGCACCACAGCUACCACAGCUACAACUGAAGGUACCACAGCUACCACAGCCACAACAGCCACAACAGAAGGUACCACAGCCACAAUAGAAGGUACCACAGCUACAACAGAAGGCACCACAGCUACCACAGCUACAACUGAAGGUACCACAGCCACAACAGAAAGCACUACAGCUACCACAGCUACAACUGAAGGCACCACAGCUACCACAGCUACAACCGAAGGUACUACAGCCACAACAGCCACAACAGAAGGUACCACAGCUACAACAGAAGGUACCACAGCUACUACAGCUACAACAGAAGGUACCACAGCUACCACAGCUACAACAGAAGGUACCACAGCUACCACAGUUACAACAGAAAGCACCACAGCUACCAAAGUUACAACAGAAAGCACCACAGCUAUCACAGCUACAACCAAAGGUACUACAGCCACAACAGCCACAACAGAAGGUACCACAGCUACAACAGAACAUACAACAGAAGGUACCACAGCUACUGCAGCUACAACAGAAGGUACCACAGCUACCACAGCUACAACAGAAGGUACCACAGCUACCACAGUUACAACAGAAAGCACCACAGCUACCAAAGUUACAACAGAAAGCACCACAGCUAUCACAGCUACAACCAAAGGUACUACAGCCACAACAGCCACAACAGAAGGUACCACAGCUACAACAGAACAUACAACAGAAGGUACCACAGCUACUGCAGCUACAACAGAAGGUACCACAGCUACCACAGCUACAACAGAAGGUACCACAGCUACCACAGUUACAACAGAAAGCACCACAGCUACCAAAGUUGUUACAACAGAAAGCACCACAGCUAUCACAGCUACAACCAAAGGUACUACAGGCACAACAGCCACAACAGAAGGUACCACAGCUACAACAGAACAUACCACAGCUGCCACAGCUACCACAGAAGGUACCACAGCUACAACAGAAAGUACCACAGCUACCACAGCUACAACAGAAGGUACUACAGCUACAACAGAAAGCACCACAGCUACCACAGCUACAACAGAAGGCACCACAGCUACCACAGCCACAACAGAAAGCACCCCAGCUACCACAGCUACAACAGAAGGCACCACAGCUACAACAGAAAGCACCACAGCUAUAACAGAAAGCACCACAGCUACAACAGAAGGUACCACAGCUACAACAGAAGGUACCACAGCUACCACAGCCACACCAGAAGGCACCACAGCUACUACAGCCACAACAGAAGCUACCACAGCUAAAAUAGCUACAACUGAAGGUACCACAGCUACCACAGCUACAACAGAAAGCACCACAGCUACAACUGAAGGUACCACAACUAUAACAGAAGGCACCACGGCUACCACAUCCACAACAGAAGGCACCACAGCUACCUUUACAACUAGUCCUGAAUCCACUUUUGUCAUCUCCUCCUCCUCCUCCUCCUCCUCCUCCUCCUCCUCCUCCUCCUUCUCCGGUCCUGCCACACCCUCCACCAUCACAAGCACUGUUACUGAGACCACCUCAGAGGUCACCAUAACACCAACCAUCAUCACAAUUACUCUUACUGAGACUACCUCAGAGGACAUUACAAAAGCAACCAACCUCAGCUCAGGUGCUCCUGAGACCCCCCCAGAGGAUCCCAAAACACUCACUAGUUGCAUCACAACCAUUUCUUCUGGGAUUACCUCAGAAGUCAAUAAAACAACCAUACUUCUCACAACCACUGCUCCUGAGACCACCUCAAAUGUCACAAAAACGAUUACCACCACUGGUCCUGAGCCCUUCUCAGAAGCAACCACCAGAGUCACAACCAUCCAAACCACUUCAUCUGAUAGUCCCUCAGAGUUCAGUACAACACCCGCCACAAUCACCACAACCACUCUUACUGAGACUACCUACAAAAUCACCACCACAGCCACAAUCAUUACAACCUCUGCUCCUAAGACCACCACAGAUGCCAUCAAAACUCUCACCACCACUUCUCCUGAUCCCACCUCAGAGGCCACCACCACAGCCACCACCAUUCCAACAAUUCCUUUUGAGACUACCUCAGAGGACACCACAAUCUCUACCACUGUUACAGAGAUCACCUCAAAAGCUGCAACAGCCACCUCCAUCACAGCCCCUACUCCUGAGACCACCUCAGAUGGCACAACAACCAUCACCACCAUCACCAUUCCUGAAAGCACCACAGAGGCCACCACAGCAGCCAACACCCUCACAGUCCCUACUCCUGAGACCACCUCAGAUGAUACAACAACCAUCACCACCCCUGAUACCACCACAGAGGCCAUCACCACAACCAUCACCCUCACAACCAUUGCUUUUGAGACCACCUCAGAUGAUACCCCAAUCAUCACCCUCACAGCCACUGCUUCUGAGACCACCUCAAAUGGCACCACAACCACCACCACAUACACUCCUGAUACCACCACAGAAGCCACCACAACAGCCAUCACCCACCCAACCACUACUCCUGAGACCACAUCAGAUGGCACCACAACUACCACCUUCACCACAACUAUCACCACCAUCACUCCUGAUACCACCAGAGAGGCUGUCACAACAGCCACCACCAUCACAACUACUGCUUCUGAAAGCACCUCUCAGGUCACCACAACACCCACUCCCAUCACAACUUGUGCUUCUGAGACCACCUCAGAGGCCACAGCAAUAGCCACUAUCAUUGUAAGCACUGCAUCUGACACUACCUUAAAAGUUACCACAACAGCCAUCACUCUGCCAAUCACUGGCUCUGCGGCAACCUCAGAAGCCACUACAACCACCACCACCACAACACCCAUCCCCAUCACUAGUCCCCCUAAGAACAUCUUAGAUGCUACUGCUCCUGAGGAAUCCCCACAACUACUCCUCAGAGCACUUCAGAAGCCACUCUCAGAAGCUACCACAACUGCCAUAACUGUCACAACCAUUGCUCCUGAGACUCCUUCAGAGGCUACCACAACAACCACCAUCACGACUAAUGCUUCUGAAAGCACCUCUGAGGCAACCAUGACAGCUACCACCAGCGCUACUGUUACAGAGAUCAACUUAGAGGCUAGCACAACACCUUCUUCCAUCAGAACCACUGUUACAGAGAUCACCUCAGAAGCUACCACAAAGAAACCAACUUUAGCACCAGUGCUCCGAUCCCACCUCAGCAGGUACCCCAACAGUUACAAACAUCACAGCCUCUGCUCCUGA